AUGGUGAAUGAUAAGAAGCCAACUGAGAAUGAUGAAGCCAGCAGCAAGAAUGAUGCUACACUCAACAAAGAUGAUCAAGAAAAGCCUGAAGAGAGAGAGAAGCAGCCACAAAUCUCAAGGAAAGGGAAGCAAAUAAUGGAAGAAUCAUCUCAAGGACCAAAGCAAGUGGAGAAGACUUUCACACAUCCCUUGCCAUACCCUCAAAGGUUCAACAAGGAAACCAAGGAUCAACACUUCCCCAAGUUCCUUGAAGUCUUCAAGAAAUUGGAGAUUAAUUUCCCCCUGGCUGAAGCAUUAGAGCAAAUGCCUCUAUAUGCAAAAUUCUUGAAGGAGCUCAUCAACAAAAAGAGAAGUUGGCAUGAGAAGGAAAUAGUGCUUCUCACUGAAGAAUACAGUGCUAUGAUUCAAAGGGGUAUUCCACCAAAGCUUAAAGAUCCAAGGAGUUUUGUAGUUUCAUGUACCAUAGGUAAGAUGACAUUAGACAAAGCUCUCUGUGAUCUUGGUGCUUGUAUCAAUUUGAUGCCCCUAUCAAUGAUGAGAAAGCUUGCCAUAGAAGAACACAAACCUACCAAGAUGUCAUUGGUAAUGGCCGAUAGAUCAAUCAAGACACUCAAUGGCAUUGUGGAAAAUCUAUUGGUGAAGGUUAGAGAGUUUAUCUUCCCUACAGACUUUGUGAUUUUGGACACAAAAGAGGAAGAAAACAAUUCAAUCAUUUUGGGAAGACCGUUUCUAGCCACAGUAAGAGCUAUGAUGUGGAAAAGGAAGAAAUGA